AUUUCACAUCAAACAGGUAAAGUCAGUUCUUUGCCAUACUAAGGUUGUACAACGUCUUACGUAUUCAGCGAAAGGACCAGUUCAAAAUGAUUCUAUCUUCUGAAAUCGAAAUAUACGAGUUCGUAGAGGAAUUAGGCCAUGGGAUGUUCAGCGAUGUCGCGAGUUUCCGGCGAAAAAGCGACCGGAAAAUCGUGGCGGUGAAGCGAAUGUCCCGUGUACACUGUCUGAUGGGCAUCCGUGAAGCACGGCUACUCGCUGCUCUCACGGGCAAGAACGCGUGCAACCACCACAUUGUCCGCUUCUACGAAGGUUUUGCGGACCGUUAUUAUUUUUACAUUGUGGAAGAGGCAAUGGAAAUGAGCCUGACUGACUAUCAGAAGGCGAACGCGCUGAAAAGGUUCAGAGUCUGCGACAUCCGGACGGUUGUUCUGCAGGUGCUCGUAGCGCUGGCCAAACUGAAGGAGAUGGGCAUCGUUCACGCUGACAUCAAGCAGGAGAACAUCAUGCUGGUUAACCAGCGCUUUCAGCCCUUCAGAGUGAAGCUGGUUGACUUUGGCUCCUCCAUGACCGCCAACGAGCUGGCUGCAAUGUGGACGCCAUACAUUCAGCCCAGAUUUAUCAGAGCUCCCGAGGUCCUACUGGCCUGUCCGUGCACCGCGAAGAUCGACAUGUGGUCUCUGGGCUGCGUGAUGGGGGAAAUGGCCCUGGGUCGUAUGGUGUUCCCCUCGCUGUGUGACCUGGAGCUGGCCCACAGCAUCUUUGGCACCCGGGGGUUGCCCUCUCCCGCAAUGUUAAAAUCGGGCAUCAAGACAAAGAUGUUUUUCGACUGGGUGGAGACUGGUACGGGGGCACGUUUCUGGCUGCUGAAACCGUACAAAGGCAGGGAACUGCUCACAGGGACGCAGAGCUUGAGGAGGCACGCGCCAGCCAACCUGGACCUUCUGCAAGCCAUGGAACAGCUGGAACAUGGCUCAGCGGACUGCGACUACGCAGAGUUGGCUGACCGCAGGAGCCUGGUGGACCUGCUCGACCGGAUGCUGACUCUCGAGCCAGAGCAGAGGGUCUGCCCCGACCAGGCCCUGCGGCACCCUUUCCUGACCCUGAAGCACCUCAGCGGGCGCGGAAAGUACCGCGCAUUCUACGCGCUGCAGGCGUACAGGGAGGCGGGCGUGUGUCCGCCCCAGGAGCGCUCAUCGAAUCACGAGGACUCCUCUGAGGAGAGCGACCCUGAGGUCCCAAGGAGGAAGAGGCGCUCCGUGGGACGUUCGCUGCGCUCGUUUUUCUCGCGCCUAUUCUCACGCCGGCGCAAGAAGCAGCCUACGACCUCUCAGGGCAACGAGGACGCCCUGGAGGGUCCCUCGAGCUCUGCCGCCCCCGGAGGCCAGCCGGCCCAUAACCCCGUGACGACGGAGGAGGGAUGCACUGAGACUGCAGGCAGCAGUUCAGCCCCAGAGGAGUCAGAGGAGCGCACUGGGAGCAGCGGCAGCCCUCUGGACGCCCCCGAGGAGCCCCCCAAAAAGAGAGGCUUCCUGCGGUGGCUGCGGACCCGCUUCUCUACACGCCGGGGCAAGAAGUCCGUCGCCGCCCCGGGCAGCAGCAGCAGCAGCCAGUAGGGUCCCGGGGAGGCGGACGGCGCGGGAAACGCCAGGAGAUGGAGGUCAUGGGUGAGGGUAAGGAAGCUAGGAUGGCCCAGGCCUUCAGUAAGGAAUAUGGUAAGAAGGAUUGGCAAGUAAGUCCUCUUUCUGCAUCCAAGCAUCUGUCCCACACAUCUGCUCUUUGUCAUUGGUUAGUAUUAUCGGUGUUCAUGUGCGUGUGGGAGUGGGAUUCUAGGUGAGACAGAAAAUAAUUAUUUAUUUAUGAAACACUAUUCAAGCAAUUUUGCAGCAGCCUUUUACAGGGAUGGCCAACAGCCACGGGCCAUAUUCAGGAAAACUUGAGUUGUGAUCUGGGAUCUGUUUUCCCUGGUCCAUAGCCUAACCUCAUCCAUUGAUGCGGGUAAGAGGUAAAUAGGCUAAAACGUAUUUCAGACUUGGCUGCUGUAAUGAAUAUGUGCUUGGGAGUUUUUCCAGCAGGGUUACCACGGCACUGGGAUCCACAGUCCAGAGGGGUAGAGAAGGAGACGCUCCACUGAGCAUGGGCAGAAGGUGGCUGCGGAUAUACUGCCCCCUCUUUGGUGGUUGCCGUGGCAGUAAGAAGUCGGUCCCCAC